ACUUCUGCGUAGUAGUGAAUAUCGAAAGACUGCAAGUUUGACGACGCAGGAACUGAGAACACUGCAUAGCAUUCCCUUUUCUUGUCGGAUGGUUAGCUCAAGCGCACCGGAACCUACUGUCCCAUCAGCUGAGUUUCCGGAGGACAUUAAUUGUGGCAGGGCGCUGUGGCGCGGCAGUUUAAUUCUCCGGUGGCGGCAGAUUGAGGGGACGAGAUGGUUCUGGCCGCACUCAUCCGGAAACUCGGUCACCAGCUGGCUGAGAUCAGGGAACGCGCCCUCAGAAGUAUUCUGUGCAAGGUGGAGCACGGUUUAAUCUGCUAUGCCGACCUCAUUCAGGAGAGGCUGCUCUUCCUCCAUCUGCUGGAAUGGUUCACUUUCCCGUCUGUUCCCAUGAAAGAAGAGGUUCUGAACCUGUUGAGCAGAUUGGCUAAGUAUCCCCCAGCAGUUCAGCACUUGAUUGACCUUGGAGCAGUAGAGUUCUUGUCUAAGCUUCGGUCUAAUGUGGAGCCAAAUCUACAGGCGGAAAUUGAUGGCAUUCUGGAUGGACUUUUUGUUCUUCCUUCAGAAGUUCCUGUACCGUCUUGUGUCUCUUAUCAAGUCAAUCAAACUGAAUUAUCCCAACAACCUGAAAUCUUAACAGGAUAUUUUCCCCAAGACAAAAGUAAUUUUCAGCAGAUGGAAGUGCCUCCACGAACAGUGGUAAAUCAGAGUGUGAAGUGUUUGAAGUUUUCUACAUUUCCUUGGCUUGCCCUGACCACAACAGACAGACAUGUUCUCUCCUCUAAUGAAAGCUCUUUGAGAAGUAGUAACUACACUUUGAUCUGGAACACUUGUGAACUUUUGAAGGAUGUUAUAAUGCAAGAUUUUCCUGCUGAGAUUUUUCUUCAGAGGCCAAAAAUUGUUCAGAGUCUUUUGUCUCUGUUGAAACUGGCCUUUGAAGGAGAUGGAAGGCAUCGCCUGGCAUUACAGUCAGUGUCCUGCUUGCAGCAGCUAUGCAUGUACUUAAGAAACAGACUUAACUUUCACCGAGAUCCAGAUUUUUUCUCCAAUAAAAAAGAUACAAUUUCGCAAAAUUCUUCCUUGUCUUACUGUCAUGAAGUAAGAGGUACUCAUCAUUCCCAGAAUCCAUCCCCAGGGAGCAGCAGCCCUCGGCCUUCAGUGGUUGGGCGCACAGGGCAGCGACCCAGAGGAGACGGCCAGGACUGGGAUGCAAUGUCCUCCAGUGGAAGCAGUAGCCGUGCUCAUGUAAACUCUAGGAUAUCUGUCCAUUCACCUUUGGAUGGAGGACACAUAGAUCUGCCUGAGCUGGAAACUGAAGACACAUUGGAGCUACAAUUUCAGCAGCUCAGUCUUCCUCAGUUCUGUGUCUCCAUUCUGGAAUCAGCAGUUCCUCUGUUAAAAACAGAUAGUAGACAGAUGAUAAUAAGACUUCUGGAAUUGCUUGCAGAGGAUAUGAUCCUUAUUGGUGAAGCAAUUUCAGCUGAUAUCUGGGAUGACAACAGCCUUUUUGCUAUAGAUAUGAAAGAGAAACUGCUUUUGGUAUUGGGGUCCCUUGGAGAAACCCUGUGUUACCGUAAAGCCAGUAUUGGUUUGGAACAACCAGAGGUGAUGCUGGUGCAUCACAGAAUGGCCUUCAUCAGCACUGCACUAUUCACAGUGCGACUGAUACAGACACUUCUCCCUGUUGAAAAGGCAAGUGAGUUUUUACCAGAACCCAUGUCAGCGGCAUUAUUUCUUCUUUCAAUGGACAUGCCUAUGUCUUUGGAAUACCCAAAUAUUCAUGAUGCUGUUGUGGCCUAUUUGGAACAGCUGAAUUCUGAAAACUACAGCAUUUAUAAACGAACUGCAGAGGCUGCUUAUUCAAUUGAAUGCACCUGUAAUUUCCUAUCUGAUGUUGGGAAGGAGGGAGAGAAGAAUCUCUUAGAAUUGGUGGAGCUGGCAGACCAGGCCCUGCUUAGCUUUUCCUGUCAUCAGCAUUUUCCCUUAAUAAAGGAAAUUAUCUGCGUUUGUUCGAAGAUCUGGAAAUCUGCACAGGCCAGUCCAUUACUACAAGGGGAGAGUCAGAAAGUGUUUCUACAUAUGUUAUCUCACCCAUUGCCACAAGUGAAAGUGGAAACUUACCACUGCUGCCUGGAAAUUGUGAAGGAAUGUCUAGGUGUCCAUAAUGUCAUUAAACCUGUGUCUUCACUUUGUAGUGGAAUUCAUUUUCUACUUCAUCCGAAAGUUCUCUAUGAAAUUUGUGCAUUUGGUAUUCAAGAACCCAAAAAUGAGGUGAAUGCUGCUGCCAAGACCAUUCUGUUGUAUUUGCUUCAGGGACGAUUGAUGAUGACAGCAAUGACCUGGAACAAGUUUAUUGAGUCUCUCUGUCCUGUCAUUCCAGUACUACAGGGCUAUGCCGACCCAGAAGAUCCUUUGGGUAGUUGCAUUCUCCUGCUGAGCAAAGCGAGUUCUGAGGCGGGAGAAGGGAUUCUACCCUCUACCACCCGGUUAAAGUCCAUGCUGCGACUUUUGCUAGUGAAAAAGCCAUCGGUUCGUUCACUAGCAUUGAAGCUUCUAACAUUUCAUCUUACGAGUGAGGAAGGGGCUGAUACAAAGCGCCCUGCGAUAGAUGCCAGAGUCCUCUCCACAGUCACUAAUUUAUUUAUUGUGAAGAGACCUAUUGAACUCAGAUUGGAUGACAGAAGAGAACUAGUUAUUAAGGUGGAGACUGUUCAAAAGGUAUAUGAAAUCUUCACCUCAGAUGAUAUUGAUCUUGUUUUGAGAAAGUCAGCUGCAGAACAGUUAGCUGUGAUCAUGCAAGAUAUUAAAAUGCAUGCUGUGGUGAAGAAGUUAUGUUUAAUUGACAAGAUAAUUGAGUAUUUAAAUGAAUGUGUGGGUCAGGAUGGUGAGAUGCUUGUUCAGCCAUGUCUCACGCUCUCUGAGGAAGGCUUUUAGUGCCUGAUUUCAGUCAUGCGUGUUUCCCUAACCCAACCUUCUCUCUUGACCCUGUUACUCAGAGUUUCCUUAAUAUUUCAUGAAGAUUGUACUAUAGUGACUGAAGUUGGAGCAUUGUUUUGUCUUCUAUUAUUUGAUGAAGUGUCAAGAAUGGAUAUGUGGUCCAUUAAUCCUUCCAAUAAACCUUCAUUGCCAUCAGUCUUCAGUUUGCCUGUUUCAGUUUGUAGAAGGUAUCAUCUACCAGUAUCUGUAAUCGGCCAUCAUGCUGUGAGUCCUUACUCAAUAGUUUUGCCAUUAUCUGCUGAUUGUUUGGCAUUGAAACCUGUGUCAGAUAUGCUGAGAAUAGCUUGGAACCUGUCAUGGUACCAUGGGAGUGAUAACCUGUUGAAACAAAUGAACUCGGAAACUAAAAUCCAAGAAUUUUUAGAUGCACUGAAGCUGUCCACAGAGGACAUCCUCAUUCUGAAGAUCACACACACGGCCAGUGGGCUGCAGGACUGUCUUCACUCCAUUGUUCAGGCUGCAGCCCACAGAAAUGUAAGGGCUGCUGUCACCAGGAUGAGUUUUUAUCUUCUGAAUGACAAACUGUCUUUAAAGAGUGGUACUGGCCCAUGUGGGGUUACCUUGAAGUCCUUGGCUUGGCACCCUGCACUAAACAGAUUUUUACAAGUACUUCCUGCUUGCACUGAAGAUGAGAAAUUAUUAAUAGAUAUCAUAAAUUUUUUAAAUAAGUUAAUGAAGAGACAAAGAAAAAAUCCAUCAGUUGAACUUCUAAAUUGGAUUCUAGAAUUACUUCUUAGACAUAGUCCAAACCCGCUGUUAGACCUGCUGGUUCUGACAGAGUCACAGGCUCGGGAAGAAACAGAUGACAUCCGGACUGCUGUCAGGCAGCAACUUCAGAAAGAACUGAUUGCUCUUUUUAAUACCUUGCUGCUUAAUGUCACAACAGUUACUGACAGGAAAUGCUUGGAGCUUCUUUACGUUUUCCAAACACAGCUAUCUCUGAAGCUGCUCCAGUGUCUGAGAGUCACAGAUGCACCACAUUUCUAUGGCUUGCCCUCCCUGGAGCGGACCUUACGAGGGAUGGCUCACCUCACUGCACAUCCGGGAUGGAGCUCACAUUCUCCUCUCACCAAACCAUUUGAUAUUUGUGUGAAGUACUUGUCAGGUCUCCUGGAAGUAAUUACUUCUUUUUAUGUGGAACGUGGAGGAAAUGCUAUGUCCUUCAUGGGAAAAGGUGUUACAAAGAGCACAAUUCUUUGCUUGCUUCACUUAUCUCAUGAGAUGAUAGCCCAGGCUCCGAGCUCGGAAUGGAUGCCACUUUGGUUCUUGCCUUUGGGUAGUCACAGUGAAGAACAUGCUCCUACUCAACAAGGAUUGGCCUGGUUAAUUCCACUAUGGGUUGAUCGGGACCCAGAGGUAAGAUUCACUUCACUGGGAUUAGGAUCAGCACUGACCACUCUUGAGCCUGGCUGUGUAGCCCUGGCAAACAGUUGUCAGAACAUUUCUGGUGGACUCUGGGGAACCGUGGUGAGCAUCCUUUUGGACCACCUGGAAUGUAGUGCAGUGCGCCGGGAGGCUGCAUUUAUUCUGCAGAAUCUCCUUGUAAUUCCAAUGCCUUCAGAAAUUUUAAAAGACUACACUUGGCAGGGCCCUUGUGUUCAUGAUGAGGACUCUGGCCUGUCACUCAUAGGAAAACCUGCCCUUCAGGCCCUUUUGUACCAUUGCCAUUUUUAUGAGCAUUUGAUUCAGAUGGUGAGACAUUGUUACCAAGGACGAUACGGUUUUGACUUGAUUUUUUCUGCUUUUGGUGGGACUUCAGAAGGCAGUGAUUUAAAUGGUUUAGAUGACUCAUUCAAGUUCUGGAGGGCUCCAUCGAGGAUGUCCGGUCAAGAUCAUGAUCCAAGUUCUCUCUCCACCUCAGAAACAAUGUUGACAGCCUCAGAGGGGAGUGCUGAAUUUCAACCACUUGUGCCAUCGGCAACACUUCUGCUGGAGCCUUCACAUGACCACUGUGUGGUGCAAGGUCAUCACGAAACUACAGCAUCACGGCCUCCCUGUGACUCAUCCCUGUCUGCCCCUCUGUCCAAACCGUGUAUUUUUGUCACUCCAUCUCUUCUCUCAGCCGUCUGUGGCCUCUUGGACAAUCUCUUGGUAAUUGCUCCAAAAGACACUGCAAAUGCCUUUCGACAAGCCCGUCUCAUAGAGCUUCUCUGCAACAUUGUGGAUGCUCCCUUUCUUGACAUGUGCAUGCAGGAGCUUAGGACCCCGCUGCCUGCGUCACCUCCAGUUGAACAUACUCAGGCUCAGGUUUCCUUUCUCCUAGAAUACCUAUCCUCUCUGUCCAGGCUUCUGCAGUCCUGUUUAUUGGUAGAUCCUAAUCUUAUGAUGCAGGACGAAGUUCUGAAGUCUCUUAUCACUAAUGUCAUUGGAGUUCUCACCAUAUGUACCAAAGACCUUCUUGAUGGAGAAUUAGUACCAGUUUUUUAUCACACAUGGACACACUUAUUUGAGCUUCUGGCCACACUCCUGAGGAAAGCCAGUGCUGUUUCCCUGCCUGCUAUUACCUCAGUUCUGGCCAAGCACUGGGAAGCAGUGAUCGAUGUACUCUGUAGAUGUGUGGACUUGUCGGUCAGGUGCCCUGCCCUGUGUGCUGCCAGCCUGCAGUUCCUGUCUGUUCUCUUGACUGAGGAAGUAAAAUGGCGUCUUCAGGAUAAGGACAAAAUAAGCUUAUGCUGCCCUCAAACAAUGGCUUCACUUCUUGAUGAAACUCAGGAAAAUCAGAAAUCUUCAGAACGACUUAAUAAAGUGAUUCUCCAGUGCUAUGAUGGAACAUCUCCCAAAGAUAUCCUGAAAAGAGUUGCUGCAAAUGCAUUAAUGUCACUCCUGGCUGUCAGCAGAAGAGCCCAGAAACAUGCUUUGAAAGCUGAUCUCAUAGACAGCUGCAUGCAACAGAUGAAGCACAUUAAUGCACAACUGAACCUGGAUUCUUUGAGGCCUGGGAAGGCAGUGCUGAAAAAGAAGGAGGAUGGUUUUGUUAAAGAGUUAAGCAUUACCAUGCAACUUCUAAGAAACUGUCUUUAUCAAAAUGAAGAAUGUAAAGAAGCAGCUCUUGGAGCUCACCUUGUCCCUGUCUUGCACUCUCUCUGGCCUUGGCUUUUGAUGGAUGAUUCAUUGAUGCAAAUUGCCUUGCAACUACUUUGUGUCUACACUGCGAAUUUUCCAAAUGGUUGCAGCUCUCUGUGUUGGUCAAGUUACGGACAGUACGCUCAAGCUGCACACAGAGGAGCCCCCGGCAACUCCCUGAUGCUGUGUAUCCUGAAGUUGGCUUCCCAGAUGCCUCUCGAGAAUACUGCCAUUCAGCAGAUGGUCUUCUUGUUUCUUUCAAACCUGGCCUUGUCUCAUGACUGUAAGGGAAUAAUUCAAAAGAGUAACUUCUUACAGAACUUUCUGUCUCUGACAUUGCCAAGAGGAGGAAAUAAACAUCUUAGUAAUCUGACCGUUCUCUGGUUGAAGUUGCUACUGAAUAUGUCAUUUGGAGAAGACGGGCAGCAAAUGAUCCUGAGACUGGAUGGCUGUUUAGACUUACUCACAGAAAUGAGCACAUGCAGGCAUAAGAGCAGCCCUUAUAUACCACUUCUGAUUUUCCAUAAUAUUUGCUUCAGCCCUACGAAUAAGCCCAAAAUCCUGGCUAAUGAAAAAAUCAUUACUGUGCUUGCUGCCUGUCUGGAAAAUGAGAAUCAAAAUGCUCAAAGGAUUGGAGCAGCUGCACUUUGGGCUCUGACUUACAAUUAUCAGAAGGCAAAAACAGCUUUGAAAAAUUCAUCAAUAAAAAGAAAAGUGGAUGAAGCAUAUUCCACAGCAAAGAGAACUUUCUCAAACUCAGAAGAAAACCCUCUAAAUGCCUACUAUUUGAAAUGUCUUGAAAACCUCGUGCAGCUGCUUAACUCUUCCUAAGCCGUGAGAUGCUCUACCCAAAGCUGAGCACCACCCACAGGAGAAUGAACCUAGGCUGGCUUUGUGCAGCAGCUGCUACCUGAAGACAGUUAACUCUGCAGUCUCCAUGUACACUCUUGCCCACGAGAGACAGAACUGGUGAAAGCAGAAUUGGUGACGUCUUGACUGUCCAUUCCUGACAGCUCUAGAAGCAAUAGCUGACAAGAGAUGAUGGGGAAUGACACAGAAAGUUC